AUGGCCCGGGACUCUACCUCACGGGUCCCUUCAAUAACUUCAUCCUGCGCCUUGGAAGUGCGCCACAUCGAGUUCAGCAACAUCGACCGGAUCAAAGCCGCAGGGCUCCGGUAUGCACCACUCCACACACGGACGAAAGAGGGAUUAGGACUUCACUUGCAGGUGUCCUUGCAGUACCGGUUGAUCCCCCAGAACUUGUCCGCGCUCUACAGCGAGUUCAACCAGAACUACGAGCAGGUCUUCGUGAGCUCCGUGCGGGACGUCCUCAUCAAGGCGGCCUCCGAGUACGAGGCUGUCAGCAAGGAGUUGGAAUUCUGGAUCCCGGAGCUGGUCAUUGGCGAGGUGAUCCACCAGUGGCCUGAGUGGGCGGUGCUCACCUCGUCGCUGGCAACGGUCAUCUCUGCCGAAGAUGAAUCUGAGGAAGUGUCUGAGUAUUAUGAGGAGUGGGAGGAGGCAGCACAGCUUUGGGAAGAGCGGGACCUCUUUUCGCAAAAGAUGUGCCUGGCCCAGACGCUUACCGUGAUCGAUGGGCAGCUGAUGAUCAUCGAUCUUCCAGAUGGCUUUGAGCAUAGCAUUGUGCAGACCCAGGUGCAGAAGCAGAUGAUGUUCAUCAGGGAACAGCAGCAAGUCUCGACAAAGAUUCGAGCAGAAACCUCUGUGAUCAAGGCGCGGGGCCCCCCGUCGAAGUCGCAGGUCUUGAUGGCUGAUGGCCAUGCCAACUACACCGUGGUCACAAAGGAGGCCUCCGCCACCGCGGAGCGCCGGAAGAUCGACGUGGAGUCUGAGGCCUUGACGAUUAUCAAGAACAGCUUGCAUUUGAGCCCUCAAGGCCUGGUGCUCUAUCAGCAGUAUGGUGCCUUAGAUGAUUUGGAAGAGGCCUCCUUGAUGUAUGGCUUUGGAGCUCAGCAAACCUUGCUGAAACCCAACUGA